UCCUUUAAAACUUAUUCGCCUACAUAUCGUAUUUCAGGCAGAAGUAUUUCAAGCCGUACAUAGUAUAAAAGCCAGCAGUACGGUGCACUAUAAGACCACAUCAGUGAAUACUUGUUUAAUCACUAGAGACAUAACAUUCGGCUAUUUAUGACCAAAUGAGAUGACUUGCAGUGUUAAGCUGGUUGCUUCUCUAUUAGUUUUUCUUGGUGCUUGUCGUUUUAACAAAGUUGCAGGUUUAAAAAUAACGACACCUCAAUCAUGUGGAAAUGAAUUCACUUUGAGUGACUCUCAGUUGUCUGCUUCAUCCGAAUGGAACAAGAGUCACGGAGCUGCAAACGCCAAGCUACAUCACCAAGGCGUUGGAGGAAGAACUGAAGCUUGGUCUACACGCCAUAACAACGUCAAUCAAUGGCUUCAAGUCGAUUUGAGAAAUAUCUCCAAGGUAACAAGAGUCACUACUCAAGGAAGAGCGGAUGCGAAUCAGUGGGUCAAAAAUUACUCAAUCGAAUACAGUCUUUUUGGAUCGCAUUUUGUUUCUUACAAAGUCGGCGGCAUUGAGAAAGUGUUUAAAGGAAAUGAAGAUCAAGACACUGAAAAGAGCUACAAACUUUCCAAUCCAAUUAUUGCACGAUAUAUUCGUAUAAGUCCAAAGUCAUGGAAUGGUCAUAUAUCGAUGAGGGUUSCAUUUUAUGGAUGCACUUCAGGCAUUGACCUUCCAACACCAAGCUGUGGAGAACCUCUUGGUCUCCAAUCCAAUGCCAUAAGUGAUUCCCAAAUGACAGCUUCCUCUGAAUGGGACGUUGGUCACCGGGCAGCCAAUGCCAGACUUAAUUACCAUGCUGGUGCAGGGAGAACAGGAGCUUGGUCUGCUCGCUACAACAAUGCUGAUCAAUGGCUACAAGUGGAUUUCAAAACUAUGACCAAAAUCACGAAGAUUGCAACCCAAGGCCGCCAAGACUCUUAUGACCAGUGGUUGACCAGUUACACAAUUUCUUACAGUAUGGAUGGUGUAUUUUGGAAGGAGUACCCUGAGGUGUUUUCUGGUAAUUCGGAUCGGGGAACGAUUGUCAGACAUAAGUUUCAACAAGAGAUGUACGCUCGAUUUCUUCGCAUUCAUCCACGAACAUGGCACGAACACAUCUCUUUAAGAGCCGAGGUAUAUGGAUGUACUUCAGGUUUUCAGAUUCCUUCUGGCUUAUUCACAUGCGUGAAUCCACUUGGAAUGCAGAACAAAACUAUCCCUGAUUCUCGUAUCACAGCCUCUUCCAUGUGGGAUGGGAACCAUUCACCUGCAAGGGCUAGGCUAGGGACUAUUAGAGUUGGCCAAUACAGAGGUGCAUGGUCAGCAAGUACUAACGAUUUAGGACAAUGGAUUCAAGUCGAUUUCAUUCGAGCUACCAAAGUAACACGCAUAGCCACCCAAGGUCGUGAGGAUGUUGACCAGUGGGUGUCAUCUUAUGCACUGCAAUUCAGCCUUGAUGGUGGAUAUUUUGAGAACUACAAAAAGGGUCGGCUACUAAGAGGGAACAUCGACAGAAAUAGCAUUGUGGGAAAUGUUCUUGAUCCAGCCAUUAUUGGACGAUACAUCAGGAUACGUCCGAAGUCUUGGUAUGAACACAUCUCCUUAAGGUUUGAACURUAUGGAUGCAAGAAAGGUUUUGACCUUCCAACACCUUGUUGUGGAGAACCUCUUGGUCUCCAGUCCAAUGCCAUAAGUGAUUCCCAAAUGACAGCUUCCUCUGAAUGGGACGUUGGUCACCGGGCGGCCAAUGCCAGACUUAAUUACCAUGCUGGUGCAGGGAGAACAGGAGCUUGGUCUGCUCUCUACAACAAUGCUGAUCAACGGCUACAAGUGGAUUUCAUAACUAUGACCAAAAUCACGAAAAUUGCAACUCAAGGCCGACAAGACUCUGACCAGUGGUUGACCAGUUACACAAUUUCAUACAGUAUGGAUGGUGURUUUUGGAAGGAGUACCCUGAGAUAAGUUUACAUUUGCAGUCAAAAACUUUCUUACUCAAGGUGUUUUCUGGUAAUUCGGAUCGGGGAACGAUUGUCAGACAUAAGUUUCAACAAGAGAUAUACGCUCGAUUUCUUCGCAUUCAUCCACGAACAUGGCACGAACACAUCUCUUUGAGAACCGAGGUCUAUGGAUGCACUUCAGGUUUUCAGAUUCCUUCUGGCUUAGUCACAUGCGUGAAUCCACUUGGAAUGCAGAACGAAACUAUCCCUGAUUCUCGUAUCACAGCCUCUUCCAUGUGGGAUGGGAACCAUUCACCUGCAAGGGCCAGACUAGGGACUAUUAGAGUUGGCCAAUACAGAGGUGCAUGGUCAGCAAGUACUAACGAUUUAGUACAGUGGAUUCAAGUCCAUUUCACUCGAGCUACCAAGGUAACGCGCAUAGCCACCCAAGGCCGUGAGGAUGUUGACCAGUGGGUGUUAUCUUAUGCUGUUCAAUAUAGCCUUGAUGGUGGAUAUUUUGAAGACUACAACAAGGGUCAGGUACUAAGAGGGAACAUCGACAGAAAUAGCAUUGUGGGAAAUAUUCUUGAUCCAGCCAUUAUUGGACGGUACAUCAGGAUACGUCCGAAGUCUUGGUAUGGACACAUCUCCUUAAGGUUUGAACUAUAUGGAUGCAAGAAAGGUUUUGAUCUUCCAACACCAUGUUGUGGAGAACCUCUUGGUCUCCAAUCCAAUGCCAUAAGUGAUUCCCAAAUGACAGCUUCCUCUGAAUGGGACGUUGGUCAUCGGGCAGCCAAUGCCAGACUUAAUUACCAUGCUGGUGCAGGGAGAACAGGAGCUUGGUCUGCUCUCUACAACAAUGCUGAUCAAUGGCUACAAGUGGAUUUCAUAACUAUGACCAAAAUCACGAAGAUUGCAACCCAAGGCCGCCAAGACUCUUAUGACCAGUGGUUGACCAGUUACACAAUUUCAUACAGUAUGGAUGGUGUAUUUUGGAAGGAGCACCCAGAGGUAUUUUCUGGUAAUUCCGAUCAAGGAACAAUUGUCAGACAUAAGCUUCUACAAGAGAUAUACGCUCGAUAUCUUCGCAUUCAACCACGAACAUGGCACGAACACAUCUCUUUAAGAGCUGAGGUCUAUGGAUGCACUUCAGGUUUUCAGAUUCCUUCUCGCUUAGUCACGUGCGUGAAUCCACUUGGAAUGCAGAACAAAACUAUCCCUGAUUCUCGCAUCACAGCCUCUUCCAUGUGGGAUGGGAACCAUUCACCUGCAAGGGCCAGACUAGGGACUAUUAGAGUUGGCAAAUACAGAGGUGCAUGGUCAGCAAGUACUAACGAUUUAGGACAAUGGAUUCAAGUCGAUUUCAUUCGAGCUACCAAGGUAACACGCAUAGCCACCCAAGGUCGUGAGGAUGUUGACCAGUGGGUGUCAUCUUAUGCUGUUCAAUAUAGCCUUGAUGGUGGAUAUUUUGAGAACUACAAAAAGGGUCAGGUACUAAGAGGGAACACUGACAGAAAUAGCAUUGUGGGAAAUAUUCUUGAUCCAGCCAUUAUUGGACGAUACAUCAGGAUACGUCCGAAGUCUUGGUAUGAACACAUCUCCUUAAGGUUUGAACUAUAUGGAUGCAAGAAAGGUUUUGACCUUCCAACACCUUGUUGUGGAGAACCUCUUGGUCUCCAAUCCAAUGCCAUAAGUGAUUCCCAAAUGACAACUUCCUCUGAAUGGGACGUUGGUCACCGGGCAGCCAAUGCCAGACUUAAUUACCAUGCUGGUGCAGGGAGAACAGGAGCUUGGUCUGCUCUCUACAACAAUGCUGAUCAAUGGCUACGAGUGGAUUUCAUAACUAUGACCAAAAUCACGAAAAUUGCAACCCAAGGCCGCCAAGACUCUGACCAGUGGCUGAACAGUUACACAAUUUCUUACAGUAUAGAUGGUGUGUUUUGGAAGGAGUACCCUGAGAAGGUGUUUUCUGGUAAUUCGGAUCGGGAAACGAUUGUCAGACAUAAGUUUCAGCAAGAGAUAUACGCUCGCUUUCUUCGCAUUCAUCCACGAACAUGGCACGAACACAUCUCUUUAAGAGUUGAGAUCUAUGGAUGCACUUCAGGUUUUCAGAUUCCUUCUGGCUUAGUCACAUGCGUGAAUCCACUUGGAAUGCAGAACAAAACUAUCCCUGAUUUUCGUAUUACAGCCUCUUCCAUGUGGGAUGGGAACCAUUCACCUGCAAGGGCCAGACUAGGGAGUACUAGAGUUGGCAAAUACAGUAGUGCAUGGUCAGCAAGUACCAACGAUUUAGUACAGUGGAUUCAAGUCCAUUUCACUCGAGCUACCAAGGUAACGCGCAUAGCCACCCAAGGUCGUGAGGAUGUUGACCAGUGGGUGUCAUCUUAUGCUAUGCAAUUCAGCCUUGAUAGUAGAUAUUUUGAAAACUACCAUCGGAUGCUUAUAGGGAACAACAACAGAAACAGCAUGGUAGGAAAUGUUCUUGAUCCAGCUAUUAUUGCCCGAUACAUUAGGAUACGUCCUAAGUCUUGGUAUAGACACAUCUCCAUGAGGUUUGAAGUCUAUGGAUGUAAACAAGGAUUUCAGAUUCCUUCUCGCUUAGUCACAUGCGUGAAUCCACUUGGAAUGCAGAACAAAACUAUCCCUGAUUCUCGCAUCACAGCCUCUUCCAUGUGGGAUGGGAACCAUUCACCUGCAAGGGCUAGACUAGGGACUAUUGGAGUUGGCCAAUACAGAGGUGCAUGGUCAGCAAGUACCAACGAUUUAGAACAGUGGAUUCAAGUGGAUUGUAUUAAAGCUACCAAGGUAACGCGUAUUGCCACCCAAGGUCGUGAGGAUGUUGACCAGUGGGUGUCAUCUUAUGCUGUUCAAUAUAGCCUUGAUGGUGGAUAUUUUGAGAACUACAACAUGGGUCGGGCGCUCAUAGGGAACACCGACAGAAAUAGCAUUGUGGGAAAUGUUCUUGAUCUAGCCAUUAUUGGACGAUACAUCAGGAUACUUCCCAAGUCUUGGUAUGGACACAUCUCCUUGAGAUUUGAACUAUAUGGAUGCAAGAAAAGUGCUACUAAAUAAUGAAUUGGAAAAAAACGCAUGAAUGAAUAAUAUGUAUAAUGAUGGCUGAAUCUUUAUAAGGCUUAGCAUGUACGCGAUACAAGUAUUUUCCUGUAAUCAAAAAGGAUUUAAAAAAUAAUAAUAAUAUGCCUUGAUAAAAACAUCCUUUAGAUUGAUAAAAAAUUUCAAUCCCGAUUUUAUAUAUUGAUUGUUUGAUUUGGCUUUUGUAGUUUGUUUAUUUUUAUGCAUCAUUUCAUGGAAGCCAGUAAAUACCUAUUUACGCGCAAGGAUUUUGUUAUAUGAAUGAUUAUUUCAACUUUAAAAUAUAGCAUCGGCCUUCGUUUUGAACUAUUACAGUUACAAUAUGAGGGUGUUAUUGUCCCAUUUGCACCAUUUGCAUACAUCCAUAAUGUCUGCUAUUUUUGCUAUUCAGAGAUCUCGUAAUUAACAUCACUUUAAUUUUACAUUUUUAUUGAUUAAACGAUAAACAAUUUAAAAAAUAAUGAUGGUUUUCGAUGUUUGGUAAAGUUCAUAUAAGAUGACGUUUCGACGACGGCUGAGUGGCAGUCUUCAUCAGAAUGAUAGGGUUGAAAAUGAUGAAAAAGUGUAUUAAACAAACAAAACAGC